UCAGCUUGGGUUGGCCUAUAAAGCUUAUCAAUAAAUCCUGUUCUUCCGUUUUCUAGAAGCUUGUCCUGGAGGUCCCCAGCUAUAUCAUAUGUAACCCUCAAACAUGUGCUGGCUCAGAAAAAUCUCUUUUAUUCUGGCAUUGGGAGCAGGGCUUAAUAAAACCAUCCCCGCAAGGCUUAUGUAAUUUAAGAUUUUUUUUCCACCUCAGAUCUAUAAACUGGAAGCAUCUUGAGUCUCUUGGUCUGAAGUUAAAACAAGUUCGUCAGCAAAGGAAGCUGACUGCCUCACCCAUGGCUUCCCCCUGCAGGUCAGGUCCAAUGGAUGCAAAAACAGGUGCAGAUCUUUUGGCCCUACCUGGAGUUGCGUUGGAGAAUGGAGAGAUGACAGAGGCACAGUAUCCAGCAGGCCGGGGAGCUGGAAACGGGAGCUGGGGAAAGAUCUGGGCAAGAACUGGACAGAAGAACCUGGAGGAAGAAACCAGCCAUUCAGAGGUCCAGCGCUGGAGCUUUAGGAAUGUCCACUACCAGGAGGCCAAGGGCCCCCGAGAGAUUUGCAGCCACCUCCACCAGCUUUGCCUUCAAUGGCUGCAGCCAGAAAGACACACAAAGGCCCAGAUGCUGGACCUGGUGCUCCUGGAGCAGUUCCUGGCCAUUCUGCCCCCAGAGGUGGAGAGCUGGGUCCAGGAGUGUGGAGCAGAGACCAGCUCCCAGGCAGUGGCCCUGGUUGAAGGCUUCCUCCUGAGCCAGAUGGAGGAGAAGAAGCAGGAAGAGCUGCAGAUCCAGAGAGACUUCUUAGAACCUGUUACUGAACGUCCCAAAGGUACCUGGGAUCCAUCAGAUCCGUCACAAGAUCUGCUUUUCAGGGGGAUCUCCCACGAAGAUCCAACUGAGGACACUUCGUCAGGAUUGUUACCUCUUCAUGGGGGAUCUGAAAGAGCAGCUGAACCUCCAGUUCAGGGCCUUGUAUCCUUUGAGGAGGUAGCUGUAUAUUUUUCCGAAGAGGAGUGGUCUCAGUUGGACUCCCAUCAAAAAGCCCUGCAUAGGGAAGUCAUGCUGGAGAAUUCUAGGAACGUGGCCUUCAUUGUGACAGAUUGA